AUGAUAAUUGUGAAUAAUACACCAAAACGAUAAAAAACUUAAGAUUCAGAUUUAAUAGACUCUCUUAUCAUAGUUGAAGAUUCUAGUUUUAAGGAAAAUUAAGUUGAAUAUUAAAAUAAUCUUAAACUUAGAAAUGUAGAACUUUAAUAAUUAAGAUAAAAAAAUACAAAAAAUCAAACUUUAUUAAUAUCAACAUAAUCAUAAUCUUUAUAAUAAUAAUAGAUUUGCUCUAAAAGAGGAUCUUUAGCUGACUUGCAUUCUAAUUUGCCAUUUUCUUAAACUUAUUUGGGUUAAAUGUAAAAUAGAAAGAAAAGGGAACUUACUAAUUUGAGAUUAAAUGAAUUGUAAUAAAUAAGAAGAUAUGAAUCUUUAGAAAACUUAAUUCAAUAACCUACAAAUAGAAAUUAUUUAAAAACUUAAAAUGAUUAUACAUCUAGAAAUAAAGACAACUUUUAUUUCAACGCCUAAUAAGUUCAAAUAUAACAAUUAAUAAAAACUUUAGGGAGCAGAAGAUAUUGA